CGCACCGCAUAAGUUCUACCAGACGAUCCGACUACGACGCUGAUCUGACACCUCCGACUCGCAAGUACCUACCUCGUCUACACAAUCACCACCCUGCCGCCAUUAACGCCUACGACGCCCGCUUUCGAGACAUCUCACUCGCACCAAGACGCCCCAUCUUCCGAAUUCGUGACCGUGGCAAUAUCGACGCAAUGGCGAUGUUAGACAGUAAUUACAGUCAAAGUAGUAGUAAUUACCACCGCAAGAUCAGCGCCGAGUCUUCGCGCCGCUCGAACACGCAGGCAUCGGCCUACACUGUUGACGCCAGCAGCAUGGCGUUGACCGGCUUCCAUUUCUCCACUCCAGGCGCAGAGGGGCCGGCGUGGUGGGUUUGAGGUCCCUCCAGGAGGCGUACCUUCACCACCGUCGUCUCCGGACGCCGCGCCAGUAGGCAUGGACAACAAACCCCGUCCAAGCCUACGUCGCCAGCGCAAGCGAUCCGGAGACGCCGCAACUUACAUCAAGGAAGAGUGUGAGAGACUCUUCUGCGAGACGCUGAGGACUGUAUUCUUGGUUGAGAAGAAUACUGGUUUUGAGACCUCGCUACUGAUGGACUUGCGAAACACACCGACGACGAUAACUACUACCUCCACGGGAAGCAGACCGAUACCACAGCAAUCGCAUCAGACCAUAAUACAGCAUGGACAGCCUACGCCUUCUUCGUCACCAGCUGCGCACUUGUACGCCGGAACGAAGGAGCUGAUCAAGGACUAUGUCGAAGUAUGGGACUACGUGGCCGGCGCGCGCUUCAGAGGUUUCGUCGCGGAGAAAGGAGACAUGCGCAGCAUGUUCAUCUUCUUCGACAAAGAAGUCAUUGGCAUGGACUUGAAGCCUGGUCUCAUGUCACUCCUCGAACUGGCUAGCAGCGAUCACUUCGACUGCACUGAACUCGUUGUCGGCAUCGAGCGGCCGGCCGCAGAAGUUCUGCCAGCGAACUCGGAAGAGGCAGAAAGAGCAGAAACGUUCAAAGAUCUGAAUCGCUCUUUAGCCUGGGUUGGAUUUGAGCUGACCAUGCUCGAAGCAUGGGCUGGUUCUGAAGGCUGCAUUAGCGACCACUACAUCUUCCUCAGCAUGGAUCUUUGAUUGACCACGUUGCGCGACCGUGCUGGUCCGAAUGCGUUUGUGUGCAGCAGAGUGCCCAGCACCGCUCGAUUCGACAGGGUGGAGAAGCCCUGCUUAGCACACGCGGCAUCCAUCGCAUCCUGCAUGAACACAUUUUCUUUCCUCCUGCCUGCGUCAUGCAUGCAUGGUCCGGGUUCAUUCCAUUUACGCAUUACACACACUAAGGCGACGGGAGAGACGUGAUGGGCCAUGUAUUGGCUGGGUGUUUGACCGGUUUUUCUUGUUUUCUGGGGCAAGGCAAAGACAAAAACAAAAGUGUGGAGUUCUUGGAUUGUCGCCAGGCUUUUGCUUUCACAUGCGUGUUGCGUUCGCCUUCAUAUGUGUAAAAUAAGGACUCUAGUUCGUUCGUUAUUCCGACGCGCAAGAUGUACCGCGAUUGCGUCCUCCAUCUUGCUUUUCGCCAUUAAGCAUGUAGUGAUUGUGGUGCUUUCAGUACAAGCGCAUACCUUAGUGAUAUUAUGUUGAUUCGCAUCGGG